AUGGGUAAAAUAACCAACAGAAGAUCGAGGACACCCAACUGGUCACUCGAAGAGAAGCAAUUUUUGCUGGAAUUAAUAAAGGAUCACAAAAAAAUAGUUGUUACUAAGAACAAUAAUGGUCCCAACCAUUCAGAAGAAAAAGACGUGGUGUGGAAUGAAAUAUUGAGGCAAUUGAUUGCUAAGUUUGGUACUAAAUUUUCGGGUUUCUCUAUAAAAAAAGUUAAAACGCAAUGGCAGAAUAUGAAACGUAUAGCCCGCGAAGAAAUUACUCUUAACGGCGCAGCGUUUCAACAAUACACAAAACAAUCUUUGGAAGUGUGUAACAUUUUAGACUUAAUUAAAAACGACAAUGUUAAAAAUGAAAACGAGCCUAUUAUAAGCACUGAUAUCGUAAUUAAGAGCGAAAACAUUGACGAAGAUUUGAACCAACCCAGUUGUAGCGGUAUUAACACAAUAUCUCCCGAAAAUUCUAAUGAGAAAACUAAUAAAACAACUCCCAUAGAAUCUUCCAGAUCAUCUACUUCGGAACAUACAGACGUAAUAAAUAUUGAUAAUGAAACACUUGAUGAUACAAAUAAAAAGGAGUCUUCCUUCGAUACCACAAAAAACUCGUGCUUUGAAGAUAAUGUUUUAAGCUCAUUUCCUUUCCAUAGAGAACUUCAAGAAUUUCUAAAGCUAAAAGCAACAGAAAAACAAAUAAAGAUGGAAUCAUUAAAAGAAGAACGUCAAAUUGUAAGAGCUAUGAGAGAAACAGCAGAAUUAAAUAAAAUUAUAGCAGAACAAAAACUUAAACAUUUCCUGUGGAUAAAAAAGCAGGAAAUGGAGAUGUAUUCUGGUGAACCAGGCUCUGGAGCUGGAAAGGGAGGUGGCGGUGGCGGUGCCAUACGUGAAGCUGGUGGUGCUUUCGGCAAGAUGGAAGCGGUUAGAGAAGAUGAAUAUUUCUACAAGAAGCAAAAGGAGCAGUUAGCCAACAUUAAAGGGCACUUGGACAAGGAAAUUGCCUUCCAUCAAGAGCAAAUCAAGCGUCACGAAGAUGCCAUCAGACGUCACAAGGAGCAAAUGGCUGAAAUGAACAACAAAUGAACUUUUGUUGCUUAAUUUUUCAAAGUAGCUCCAAGAUUUUCUUGUAAUGAAAGUGUUAAUAAAAUAUAAGAUUUCAAAGUUAAUGUUUAAGAUGUCGAUUUUAUCGCUUUUAUUUUAGUUACUAGCCUUGAGACAUCAAAUAUAUUUUAAAGGGAUUA